AAACAAAGCGGUAAAAAUGAGCUCGAAACCCUCCCGCUCCCGCGCAAACCCCCAUUUUCGAAGCCAUAAAAAAGCUCUUUUUUGCCCCUCUCCACCCCCUCCUCUUCUUACUUAGAUCGAUCCCCAUAGAUCUCGUCUCUCUCCAUUUCUCUCUUCUCCCCUCUCUCGCUCCUUUCUCCGCUCUCUCGAGCUCUUCGAUCGAGGGGAAUGGCGAGGUCGGUGACCCCGGGAGCCAUCGCGGCGCUCCUCGCGAACCCGACGCCCGAUUCGCCCUUGGAGAUCCCGGAGAUCGUCGUCCAGGUCGUCGAUCUCAAGCCCAUUGGUAGCAGCACCACCCGUUUCACAUUCAUGGCUAGUGAUGGAGCGAUGAAGAUUAAAGCAAUGCUUCCUACCCACCUUGCUUCUGAGAUCAAUUCUGGGAAGCUUCAGAACCUCGGCCUCAUUCGUAUCAUUGAUUACACUUGCAAUGCCAUCCCAAAUCAACCUGAAAAGGCUUUAAUUGUGACAAAGUGUGAGGUUGUGUCGCCUUCGCUUGAGACGGAGAUAAAAAGUGAAGUGAAGGAAGAACGAUCUCAGAGUGAUGUAAAGAAAGAAGAAUACAAAAGUGAAGUGAAGAAAGAAGAAUCUUCAAUUUUAUUGAUGCCUAAGCAGGAAAUAGUGGCAAAAUCUGCAGCACAGAUUGUCAAUGAGCAGCGUGGAAAUGCUGCUCCUGCUGCUCGGUUGGCCAUGACAAAAAGAAUUCAUCCUCUUGUUUCCUUGAACCCCUAUCAAGGCAAUUGGACCAUAAAAGUUCGGGUAACAAAUAAAGGUAACUUGAGAACAUACAAGAAUGCAAGAGGAGAAGGCCAGGUCUUCAAUGUAGAAUUGACUGAUGAAGAUGGUACCCAAAUACAAGCCACCAUGUUUAAUGAAGCUGCAAAGAAGUUUUACCCUAAAUUUGAAUUAGGGAAGGUUUAUUACAUCUCAAAAGGAUCCCUCAGAAUUGCAAAUAAACAGUUCAAAACAGUCCAGAAUGAUUACGAGAUGACAUUAAAUGAAAAUGCUAUAGUUGAAGAGGCAGAAGGCGAAGUGUCCAUUCCAGAAACGAAAUUUAAUUUUGUGAAAAUUGAUCAGCUCGGAUCAUAUGUUAAUGGCAGGGAGCUUGUAGAUGUGAUUGGUGUUGUUCAGAAUGUUUCUCCAACUUUAAGUAUUCGGCGGAAGAGCAAUAAUGAAACCAUCCCAAAGCGUGAUAUUACUAUUGCAGAUGAUUCGAACAAAACUGUAACAGUUUCUCUCUGGAAUGAUCUAGCAACAAAUAUUGGCCAGGAGUUGUUGGACAUGGUAGAUACAGCUCCUAUAGUAGCCAUCAAAAGCCUAAAAGUAGGGGAUUUUCAAGGGGUUUCCCUUUCAACUUUAACCAAAAGCACUGUACUGAUAAAUCCAGAUUUACCUGAAGCAAAGAAGCUUAAAUCUUGGUAUGAUUCUGAAGGGAAGGGUGCUUCAAUGGCUUCUGUUGGUUCAGAUAUUGUCUCUUCUUCUAGGACUGGCUUAAGGUCCAUGUAUUCUGAUAGAGUAUUCCUUUCUCAAAUUACCAAUGACCCUUCAUUGGGUCAGGAUAAGCCUGUCUUCUUCAGCAUAAGUGUUUACAUCAGCCUCAUCAAGGCGGAUCAAACAAUGUGGUAUCGAGCUUGCACAACGUGCAAUAAGAAAGUGACUGAAGCUGUUGGUGGUGGAUACUGGUGCGAAGGUUGCCAAAAGAAUGAUGAUCAAUGUUCAUUAAGGUAUAUAAUGGUCAUCAAGGUUUCAGACCCUACUGGUGAAGCUUGGCUCUCAGUUUUCAACGAACAAGCUGAAAAGAUUAUUGGUUGCACUGCUGAUGAGCUUGACAGGAUAAAGACUGAGGAGGGAGAUGAGAAGUAUCAGCUCAAAUUGAAAGAAGCAACAUGGGUUCCUCAUCUGUUUCGGGUCAGCGUGUCGCAGACUGAGUACAUGAAUGAGAAGCGCCAAAGGAUAACUGUGAGGGCCCAAGCGCCACUGGACUGUUCUGCUGAAUCAAGAUAUUUACUGGAGGAGAUUGCAAAAAUGUCCAUCUCUUAACAUUGAAGUUAUGUUUAACCGUCCAUAUGCGAAAAACUGAGCUCUGGAAGGUAAUUUUUUACUAUAAAGCUCAGGCUCAAGUCUAAAUAGCUCUUAACUGUUCAUGUAAAAUAUUACCUUAGAUCCUCUUGCUGUUAGAUCCUUUUGCAUAUUUCUGUGAUAGCUAAUCCUAAAGCCCAACUUUGUACCUGAAAAGAGAUUAUGUACUGCUUUUAUUUGUGCAUUUAUGCACUUUUGCCCUUAGUGCAAACUUAUCUUCAUGUACA